GUGCGUGCGUGCGUGCGUGCAUUGCGUGCAUGCGUGCUUGCGUGCGAACCUCGCCUCUGUCUCCUUCUCGCACGGGAGAUACGUCUCUGGUAGUACAUCAUAUCGUCGCCGCGACGCGAGGUGAGAGACGUGGGCUGCUUUCAGGUAAUGGACAAAUCGUGCAACGGGCGUGGGUAAUAUAUUGGUGUGUCUGUCGAACCCGAAGCGCGAUCGCGCAUCGAGUUUCGAAGACGACGGCCUGCCGAGCGUCUACAUGACGACGGAGCAGGAUAUACCAGAAUAUCUAGAAGGUUGCGGGCUGACCACCUGCACGGCCGGCGACAUGCCUGAAGAAAUGGAGGAGCCAGGAACGAGCGGUAAGGAGAAAAAGCUGCUGUCCACGUCCUUCGGCGGCGGUAAUAGCGGCCAGGGCGACAUCAAGAAGACCGUCAUGGUCAAACAUCCGGAAUCGAACAAGCCGAAACCGACCAUGAAGAAGAGCAAACCGAUUCAGGCGGAUCUGGACGUCGCCAAGGAGUUUAUACGUUGCAGGGAUCUGUGUGUCAGGCGACUGGAUCUAAGCAAGUCCAGCAUCACGAACUUACCGAGUUCGGUGAGGGAAUUGACUCAUUUGAAGGAGUUGUAUCUGUACGGCAACAAAUUGGUUACGCUACCGCCUGAGAUUGGAUGCCUAUCAAAUCUGGAAACAUUAGCAUUGAGUGAGAAUUGGAUAACUAAUUUGCCCAACACUUUAGAAAACCUGAAAGCAUUACGAGUCCUGGAUUUGAGACAUAACAAAUUGAACGAGAUACCAGAUGUGGUUUACAAGCUUACUUCACUGACCACGCUGUUCCUGCGCUUCAAUAGAGUUAAGUUUGUCAGUGACAAUAUAAGAUAUCUGAGAAAUCUGACCAUGCUGAGCUUACGUGAGAAUAAGAUCAAAGAACUGCCUCCUGGAGUAGGUGAACUUGUGAAUCUUAUCACCUUUGACGUUUCGCACAAUCAUCUGGAGCAUCUGCCUCAGGAGAUCGGCAAGUGCAUACAGUUGUCUACGCUGGAUUUGCAACACAAUGAACUCUUGGACAUACCGGAGACCAUAGGCAAUUUAGUGUCACUGUCGAGACUGGGUCUUCGAUACAACAGACUCACAAGUAUUCCGCAAUCUUUGGCAAACUGUAAAUCGAUGGAAGAAUUCAGCGUGGAGGGCAAUCAGGUGUCGCAUCUUCCGGAUGGCUUGUUAUGCAGUUUGUCGAAUCUGCGAACGAUCACGCUGUCUAGAAACUGUUUUACUUCGUAUCCGUCGGGCGGACCGUCUCAGUUUACAAACGUUUGCUCGAUUAACAUGGAACACAAUCAGAUCGACAAAAUACCGUACGCUAUCUUCUCACGUGCCAAGAACCUCACAAAGCUGAACAUGAAAGAGAAUCAGCUGACAGCACUGCCACUGGACAUUGGCACAUGGGUCAAUAUGGUCGAGCUGAAUCUCGGGACGAAUUUGCUGACGAAAAUUCCAGAAGACAUAAGUUGCCUGCACAGUCUCGAGACGCUGAUACUAUCCAACAAUCUCCUGAAACGUAUUCCGGCCACUAUAGCGAAUUUGCGUAAAUUACGGGUGCUGGAUCUUGAGGAAAACCACAUCGACUCGUUGCCAAACGAGAUCGGCUUUCUCCGCGACCUGCAAAAGCUGAUCUUGCAGUCGAAUCAUAUCACGUCGCUGCCGCGCGCGAUCGGACACUUGACGAACCUCACGUAUCUUAGCGUAGGUGAGAACAAUCUCAGCUAUCUGCCAGAGGAGAUCGGCACCCUGGAGAACCUGGAGUCGCUGUACAUCAACGACAACCCGAAUCUGCACAACCUGCCGUUCGAGCUUGCUUUGUGCACGAAUCUCAGUAUUAUGUCAAUUGAGAACUGUCCAUUGUCGCAGAUCCCGCCAGAGAUAGUGGCUAGCGGGCCGUCAAUAGUAAUCCAGUUUCUGAAAAUGCAGGGACCUUAUCGAUCUAUGUAACAUAUUUAAUUAAAAAAAAAAACAAAAAAAAAAAAGACUUGUCCCUUGUUUUCGCGCGCGCUGAUGAACAAGAAAAACCUGCUGCUGGAUGUCGAUUCUUAAUCAACAAGAGGAAGAAACAUCAUGAGGAAGCAAUUCGCAUAAUAAUGAGAAGAUGAUAUAUCUAUGAUAGAGAAUCCUCUAUCAACCUGAAAUUCUCACUUUAAUGAUCUCACUUUUAAGAAAGCAUAUAUAUAUAUAUGUAUAUAUAUAUAUAUAUAUAUAUAUAGAGAUACCGAGAUAUAAUAAUGUAUAAGACGAAUUAGAUAGCCUUGUUUUCAGCAGCGUGAGAAUGAUAUUUUUUCUAACAGGGGAUAAAGGUGUAAAAAAAAAAAAAAGAA